CGGGGAACGAAGCUGGAUAUCAGAUCACAUUCAGGCAGCAACGCAUCUCGCAUUCAAAGAUCUUUCGCCGAAAAUAGAAAGCUAUCGGAAAAGCAAAUAAAAAUGCACCUUCCAACUGUCGUCCUCGUCCACGGCGCCUGGCACACCCCCGCAAACUACCAGAGUUACGCUUCCGCCCUGCGUGCCCAAGGAUUCACCGUCCAUUGCCCGCUUCUCCCCUCCUCCAAUAAAUCACUACCACCGACGACAUCUUUGCAAGAUGAUGUCAAAGCUGUUCGAGAACUGGUUUCCUCGCUUGCCGCAGCCGGCGAGCGCAUCCUUUUGAUCAUGCACUCGUACGGCGGCGCGGUCGGCACUGAGGCAGCCGAGGGGCUGGCUUAUCCUGUUCCAACGACAGCUCGUGGAAGUGAAGCUGGAGGAGUAAUACACUUGCUCUAUCUCUGUGCCUACAUUCUGCCCCCGCGGACAUCGAUCUGGGAUAUAGUUCGAGAGGCGGGAUUUGAGUCGGUCCUCGAUGAGCACGUCCGUACGGCUGACGACGGGAGUACAUUCCCCGCUGACCCGGCCUUGGUAUUAUUUGCUGGUGAUGACUCGGUUUCGAAGGAUACGAUUGAUUCAGCCUUGCAGUUUCUUGUGAGGUUUCCGCGGAGUGCCUUGACGGUCCCGGUGGAGGGCGCUGUGUGGCGAUCUAUCCCGGUGACUUAUGUGCUUACGCAGAAGGAUUACACGGUUUUGAGGGUUUAUCAGGAUAUUAUGCUGUCCAAGGUUCGAGAGGAAGGUGUGGAGUUGAGGACAGAGGACUUUGAUACAUGCCAUAGUGUGUUUAUUUCGAGGGAAGCGGAGAUGGUGAAGCUUGCUGUAGAGGCAGCUAACGACGGAAGAAACUGUGCCGUGUCUUAGGCCAGAUCUCGAGGACAUGCAGGCUGUCUGCAAAAAUGUUGUAAUACCAUGCUUUUCAGUCUGGAGGUUAUUUACGGUAGGUUUAAGUGGCGGAGGUCUCCAGGAACCCACCGUUCAUCGUAUAGGGAAGACCGGGUCGAACUGCUGUCCUGAUCUGGUGAAACCUGUGGGUCUGAAAACGAGGAAUCAAUUGCUCGAUGGAGAGAUUGUGAUAAGCGUCCGGAAUAGUACGGUGGCCAGCAACUGAGCAGCCUCGCUAGAGAUAAUCUGACCUGUCAUUUGGACGUGGCUUGUUGACUCGAUCUGCGAAUUGUAGCAUC